UGUAACACAGGAGAAGAAAACCUCCUGGCAAUUUUACGACGAAGAUGGUGGAAGUAUAUGAUCCUCGGACUCAUAGACCUGGAAGCAAAUUACCUGGUGGUCAAGGCCUAUCAGUACACAACUCUGACCAGUAUCCAGCUCCUGGAUUGUUUUGUGAUCCCGGUCGUGAUUUUGCUCUCCUGGUUCUUCCUGCUGAUCCGGUACAAGGCCGUGCAUUUCAUCGGCAUUGUCGUCUGCAUCCUGGGGAUGGGCUGCAUGGUGGGAGCGGACGUGCUUGUGGGAAGGCAUCAGGGAGCAGAUGAAGAAAUCAAGUUUUCAGGACUUUAUCUCCUGUCUUUCUUCACCAUCCUCAUCGGGCUGGUGCUCUAUUCCUCCACUUCCACAUACACAGCCCAGGACCCCCGGGUGUACAAGCAGUUCCGCAAUCCCUCGGGACCUGUUGUGGACUUACCGGCCACAGCUCAGGUGGAGCCUUCGGUCACCUACACCAGUCUGGGCCAGGAGACUGAAGAGGAGCCCCACGUCCGUGUGGCCUAGGAAGAGGCCCUGCCUGCCCACUGAGGACAGCUCAGUGGCCACGUGUGUGUCCAUCAUCUCUGUAUUGUACAUAGAGAAAGGUAUUUAUUAGGUGCGGUUUACGCAGGUGGACUGCAAGGUAGCUAACCUGAAAGCCUGUAAAAGGCACAAGCUAAACAUCACUGGAGACACAGGUUCUGAUCCACCUGACUUGGAGAGAUGCCUCACUUGUGUGUAUCCUGAUCACCCCCCCCACCCCACAUUAAUUACUGAGAACAUUUUUGAAACAAAAGCAUUAUUAUUAUUAUUUGUAUUAUUAUUGAUAUUCUUAUUACACUGGGUUUCAGGAGGGUGUUUUGUACUCCUGAUGGGAACUAUCGCCAGACCCACAUGUAGUUAACAUAAAUCCCACUUUUCUAUGGCAAGCCACUUUUUAAGGAUCACACUUUAUUUUGUUUUUGCACAGUCUAUAUGAGUGCUGCCUG